AUGUCGUCUGAUCUUUGUGGAUCAAGCUUGAUUUUGGCUUUGCCUGAUGAAAUUUUUUCUGUAAUAACGAGUUCCCUCUCUCCGAGGGAUGUGUGUAGUCUUGGUAUCAGUUGUCCAGGUCUCAAUGCUGCUGUUCAUCCGACAAAGAACCUGGAGGUCGGCAAUGUAGAAUAUGCUAUGCCUGGUUUUUUAUCAGUUGUUGGAUGCCGGAUAAUCCCGCAAGAGAUAGGUCCUUCAGGCCUUGAAGACGGCCCUAUUUUAUGGGCACCUGUAUUUGAAAUUAUGUGCAAAUCCGACGGCACCACAGCAUUCCUUUUACACGGGAGGGAGCGAGGAAUUGAUUAUAUUUACCCAGGAUUGCUUAAAUCAGUCGAUAGAAAUUGUAAUGUGCUUUUGCUUGAGGUGGAGCCUCUGCAUCAACUGGAUGGAGGAAAUACGAGCUCUGAUCAUGAAAUAUCACAAGGAAUGGUCAAACAAAAAGGGACUGAAAUUUCUUUUAGCCAAAUGGUAGCUAAUGAUAGAGAGAGACUCCUCGAUCUUGUCCCUAGACCUAGACAAGUCCGAGAUUUCGUUCCGUAUACAGCGAACGCGAUAUUAUUUCCUCCCAUGAGAAACGACGAGGUUGGUUCUCGACAAGAUUUUAUAGUCUUACAUGAAAGGAGAUUGUUGCUUUUACAAAUGCAUGAGCGUGCUUUGAAUCCCACAGAGUUCGGAUCAAGUGAUGCAGGUGUUGGGGAUCAGGUGAUCACACAGAUACUAAGAAAAUCGAGCUCAACAAAUGGCGGUCAAGAAAAUCAGAGUACACUUCAUGAAAUUCUUCGAUCAGGGGAUAGGGACGAAUUGUCUUUACGAGCUGCUACUAUGGAAUUGGAUUAUUAUAAAGCGUGGCCUUAUAUGGACGAACGUCAAUCUAUUCUCUAUAAGUUGCCUACUGAGCCUCUCAAGGAAUGGCACGAGUAUGCUGGUUUAUGGGGAGGGACUUAUGGUUGGCCUCCGAGAAGACUAUCUGAAGAAAAAUCCGGAGAGGCCCUCUUCUUGAUUUUGAUCUCUUAUGAAGUGCUCGAAGGGAAACAAUGUAUGAUUGCUACCAAGAUAUUAGAAGGUUCAUCUUAUGUUGCGCGUCCUAAUGGCUCAGCUAUGUUUACAAUGAAUAUAUGUCAACCCGCCUUGGAAUCAUUCCCGUGUGACAGUGAUGGAGACUCCGAUCCUAUUGAUUCCUUCAGGGGAGUAGGUAUUGCGAGUGGUUAUGGUUUCAGAUAUCCUGGUUCUAAACCUGGUUCACUUUUUGUUCUUCCAAAUGGAUUGCUUGUUUUCAUAUACGAGGAGUCGAGGGAUGUUUUGACCUUACAGAGGUUCGACUUAGCGGAUCUUUUAAGGAGAGGUAAAAGAGUGCCUCCUCUGCCGCCAACUUCCAACUUUGUGUAUCCAUCAAGGAUGUACACGAAUCCUUACACUGAGUUUUUAGAUUCUUGA